AUGAUUGUUGAAGACGAACGACACACAUAUGGAGGUGAUUUUGAUUACUCUUAUGAUAAUGUAGAUGACAACAACUCAACAACUGAAACAUUUAACGGUCCCCAUCUGAAUCUUGCAACAAGGCUACAAAGAAGAGCAAAUAUUCGUGAAAAACAGGUUCAUCGCCAACUUCAAGGAGAUCUGGUCGAGCAUAUUUGGGAACGUUUUGGACAUAAGGAAGAUGAAACUUAA